AUGUCACGAAUCAGACGAUUGAGUAAGGCCCGCAGUGAAACAAUUCUUGUUACCAAAGAUAUGGCCAUCUUUUCCAAGAGGUACGAUCAACUGAAACAUGUUUCAGGAGAAGUUUUGACUCAUUCACUCUUUCAAUAUCUAUCCCCUCCAAAAGGAAUGCCAACAAGCGAUUUUCUAAUUGUAAGUGCACUUGAUUUCCUAGAAAGAACAGAAAAGCUAUUUCAAUGCUGUUCAUUAUUUUGUACAUCCGAAACUUGCCCAAUGUUUAAUGCAGGACCUCACUAUCACUAUUUCUGGGAGGAUGAAAGUACUACAGAUCCCGUUCAGGUCUCUGCUCCAGAAUAUCUGAUGCGAUUAAUCUUUUGGUCAAAGAGGAAGCUUGGAAACACACAACUUUUUCCUAAGGAGACCGGAAAAGAGCUAUCUGAAGAUGCUCUCACUGUUAUACAAACAAUAUUUCGAAGAACUUUAAGAAUUUACAAUCACCUGUAUCUUUGUCAUUUCAAAAUGCUCCAUACUAAUGGGAUAGAACCGGUUAUUAAUACAUUGCUUGCACAUUACGCUCUAUUCGCUCUGAAAUAUCAGUUAAUAGAAGUUCCUGAUAUUGCUGUGCUUAAACCUGUUUUUCAGACAAUGAAAAUCCCUAUACCAGAUGUUUAA